UAUGUAAUCGAAUAAAAAAAAAAAAAAAAAACAUAAAUCCCCAAAUUACCAAAAUCCUCGGCGACGACAAAGAGGAGAGAGAUAGAGAGAGAGAGAAAAAAAAAACAAUGGCUUCUUCGAUCCUUCCGCCGGAGCUGGACAACGACUCACUUGCAUCAUCGCCGAGAUCGGAGUACGAUAGUCAGCCACGUGUACGGUUCAUGUGCACUUUCGGAGGAAGGAUCUUGCCUCGUCCCCCUGAUAACCAGCUCUGUUACGUCGGCGGUGAUAAUCGUAUGGUCGCCGUUCAUCGUCACACUACUUUCGCCUCUCUCCUCAGUAAACUUGCUAAACUCUCCGGUAAAAGCAACAUAAGCGUGAAGUACCAGCUACCAAACGAAGAUCUUGACGCCUUGAUCUCCGUAUCAACGGACGAAGAUGUAGAGAACAUGAUGGACGAGUACGACCGCGUCGCACUCAAUCAAAACCCACGCGCCUCUCGUCUUCGUCUCUUCCUCUUCACCAAUAACGUCGCCGGUGAAGAAGAUAACGAUAGUCGAGCUAGCAGUAUCAGCUCACUCCUCGAC